AUGGCACACCAAGAAAUCCCGGAAGACUUCCUACGGGGCCCAGGCCCAAAUCCAACCCUCCACAAAUUCGAUUUUGAGCACACAUCCCCACCGAUCCCUGCAUACAAAGAUCACUUUGCCGCUAUAGUGGAAAACUUCAUGACGGAAGCCGAAUGCAAAGAGCUUAUCCGUCUAGCAGAAGAAUCAACAAGAACUCAGCUGCCAGAUUCAACCCUCUCACCCCCAGUAUGGAAGCGGGCGAUGAUCAAUGCCGGCGGCGGCAGGGAAAUACUGUCCAUUGACUCGCGCAGCAGCGGACGAGUUAUAUUAGACUCCCACGAUCUCGCAGGCAGAAUCCUGGACAGGCUCAUGCCUUUCUUUCGUGAGUGCGAACUCGACCGUGUCCAGGGCAAACCUCUAGUUACGGGUCUUGGGCCAGCGAAACGAGGUGAAGUGCUCCGUCUUAGUCGACUAAAUGAGCGUCUUCGGUUCCUGCGUUAUGAGGGUGGGGAUUAUUUUCGGCCUCAUUGGGAUGGGUGUUUUGUUACGCCUGAUGAGCGGGAGAAGUCACUGUACACUAUUCAUCUGUAUUUGAAUGGGGAUGGGGAACAGGAUAUGGCGGAGUUGAAGCCUCAUCUUGAGCGGGUGGAGAAGGCGGAUUGGUUGACUGGAAAUUAUGGGAAAGAUGAUCUUGUUGAGACUGGGCCAGAGGGGGCACAGGCUGGGGACUCUUUGGGAGAGAGUCAGGCUCUUCUAGGUGGUGCAACGUCGUUUAUGGAUGGGAUAAGCUCGCGUGAAUUCCUUCGGGUCUUUCCAAAGACAGGGUCUAUUCUCAUCUUUCAGCAGAGGAACUUAUUCCAUUGUGGGGAUGAUGUAUUUAGAGGUGUUAAGUAUACCAUACGAACGGAUGUCAUGUAUACUACUGAGGCUGAGUAG